AUGGUUUGUCUUGUUUUCCCUUCACUGCAGGUGAAGAUACCCAGCUUUUUCUGUGAUAUCGAAAUCGUUCCUGCUCUCCUGCAUGGGGAUCUCUGGGGAGGAAAUGUGGCUGAGGAUGAUUCUGGUCCAGUUAUCUUUGACCCAGCUUCUUUCUACGGCCAUUCAGAGUAUGAACUUGCAAUAGCUGGGAUGUUUGGUGGCUUUACUAGCUCCUUUUACUCUGCUUAUCACAGUAAAAUUCCCAAAGCUCCAGGGUUUGAAAAACGCCUGAAGCUUUAUCAGCUUUUUCACUACAUGAAUCAUUGGAAUCAUUUUGGAACAGGCUAUAGGGGAUCAUCCCUAAACAUUAUGAGAAACCUGGUAAAAUGACUUUCUGCUGAAUCAGAAUACUUCCCGUGUUGCUUGGAAAACCCUGUGCUUGGUGAUGCAACCACAGGCGUGUGAUGUUAAAAUAGCUGCUAGACCCUUGACUUUGUUGCACAGCUAAAGAUCUAGAAUCACCCAGUCCUACUAAGUAUGAAGCAUGGCAUAUUAAUCCCUUUUUAGGUAGGAUAGUUGGGGAUAAUAUUUAAGAGUGAAAUAUCCAAG